AUGAGAUUCACACAAGUAUUGAGACAACUUCCUAAGGUUCAUUUAUCUGAAGUUAUAGUUAGAGCAGGAGAAGGUAUACCUACUGGUUUAGCAGGAAUUUAUAAACAUCCAAAUCCAAGACCAGCAUUAGUUGCAUUAUAUAAUGAAACUUUAAAUGUUUUAAAAGAUAAAUUUCCAACUGAUUCAGUUUAUAGACAAUCAGUUGAAACAUUAACUAAAAAUAGAUUAAAUAUUGUUGAAAAGGAAGAAAUUGUUGAAAAUAUAGAAAAUCAAAUUGGUGGUGGAUUAAUUGAAGAAGUUGUAAUUCAAGCUGCUGAAGAAUUAAAUUUAGUUAAAGAAUUAGGUGGUUUGAAAGUUUGGGAAGAAUUAGAAGAAAAACCUUUAGAUGACCAAUGGGUUUACUUUGGUAAGAAGAUCUAA